AUGAAGUCUUCAAUCGUUUUUUCGCUCCUCCUCAUUGCGGCGUCUGCGAACGCCUUGUACAUCCCUGCAGCUGCAGAUACAUCCAUGGAACGCCGUGAUGACAUUCUUCGCCGUGGUGGCGGUGACAAGGGCCCCAAAGAUCGUCCUGUCGCGCCCACGGCCGAAGAGAAGCGCAAAGCCGCUAACGACAAGUUCCAAGAGAUGAAGAGCCAUGUUAUACACGGAAAGGAUGCAAAGGGCAAGGAUGAGGCUCCCGACAAAGGUCGUCACACCCUUACCGCGUAUUGCAAAGCCAACCCCAAAGCGACUGGACAGUGCAAUACCAAGACUAACCUGUGUCAUGUUCCAGACGCCAAUAAAUCGCUUUGGGACGAUCGUCCCGGCAAACACACUCUCCAGCAGAUCGAGAACCACUGCACAGAGGCCAUCCUGAACCACACAAAGAACCCUACAAAUAGAGCUCAGGUAGUCAAAACAGAUGCAGGGCACCAUAUCUGUAUCAAAUACAUCUCUGGGAAUAACAAUGGUGGUCCUGGAACGUGCUACCACGCCGGCGUAAAUGCGCUAGGCCCGAAGGCUAUGGCAGGCGAUACUUGCGAUCACACUGGGAACGAGGCUGACAAUAAGGAGGACAAAGCAGACUUCAAAUGCUCAGCUCUUUAG